GGCAGUAUAGAAAAAAAAAAAAAAAUCAAAAAUGCCUGAGGCAAACUAUUUACUCUCAGUUUCUUGGGGCUACAUAAAGUUUAAAAGAAUGCUCAACCGGGAGCUAACCCACCUAUCUGAAAUGAGCAGGUCAGGCAAUCAGGUCUCGGAAUAUAUAUCAAACACAUUCUUAGACAAACAACAUGAAGUUGAAAUCCCUUCUCCGACACAGAAAGAGAAAGAGAAAAAGAAGAGGCCAAUGUCCCAGAUCAGUGGGGUCAAAAAACUGAUGCACAGCUCCAGCCUAACUAAUUCCAGUAUUCCCAGAUUUGGAGUUAAAACAGACCAAGAAGAUGUUCUUGCCAAGGAACUAGAAGAUGUGAACAAAUGGGGCCUUCAGGUUUUCAGAGUAGCGGAGUUAUCUGGAAACAGACCUUUGACAGUCAUCAUGCACACCAUUUUUCAGGAACGGGACUUGUUAAAAACAUUUAAGAUUCCAGUAGACACUUUAAUAACUUACUUGAUGACCCUAGAAGACCAUUACCAUGCAGAUGUGGCAUAUCACAAUAACAUACAUGCUGCAGAUGUUGUUCAGUCAACCCAUGUCCUGCUAUCAACCCCAGCAUUAGAGGCAGUGUUCACUGAUUUGGAGAUUCUUGCAGCAAUUUUUGCAAGUGCAAUACAUGAUGUAGAUCACCCUGGGGUUUCGAACCAGUUUCUUAUCAACACAAAUUCUGAACUUGCCUUGAUGUACAAUGACUCAUCAGUACUGGAGAAUCAUCACUUAGCUGUGGGCUUCAAGCUGCUGCAGGAAGAAAAUUGUGACAUUUUCCAGAAUUUGACCAAAAAACAGAGGCAAUCAUUGAGGAAAAUGGUCAUUGACAUUGUACUUGCAACAGAUAUGUCUAAGCAUAUGAAUCUAUUGGCUGAUUUAAAAACCAUGGUUGAAACCAAAAAAGUGACCAGUUCUGGUGUCCUACUUCUUGAUAACUAUUCAGACAGGAUUCAGGUUCUUCAGAAUAUGGUGCACUGUGCAGAUCUAAGCAAUCCAACCAAGCCACUCCAUCUCUACCGCCAAUGGACAGACAGAAUAAUGGAGGAAUUUUUCCGUCAGGGAGAUCGGGAAAGAGAAAGGGGAAUGGAGAUAAGUCCCAUGUGUGAUAAGCACAAUGCAUCUGUAGAAAAAUCACAGGUGGGUUUUAUAGACUACAUUGUUCAUCCUCUGUGGGAGACGUGGGCAGAUCUUGUUCACCCGGAUGCCCAGGAUAUCUUAGAUACACUGGAGGACAAUCGAGAAUGGUACCAGAGCACAAUCCCUCAAAGUCCUUCUCCUGCACCUGAUGACCAGGAAGAGGGUAGGCAGGGCCAAACUGAAAAAUUCCAGUUUGAACUAACACUGGAAGAAGAUGGUGAGUCAGACACCGAAAAGGACAGUGGAAGUCAAGUAGAAGAAGACACCAGCUGCAGUGACUCCAAGACUCUUUGCACCCAGGAUUCAGAAUCCACUGAAAUUCCUCUUGAUGAGCAAGUAGGGGAAGAAGUAGAAGAGGAGGAGAACCAGACAGAACCUUGUGUGGUAGAAGACCAUUCUCCUGACACGUAACAAUGAAGAUGCAGGCUCUCUCUCUUGCCCUCUCCAUUUCUUUUCCUCUUUCUCUCUGUUUUUGUUUUGUUUUGUUUUUAUUAGAUAAUGGUUUCCAAAGUGUAUGUCGUAUGCUACAACCAUAGUCACAACUUGCUGUCAUCUGCCAGGACGUUUGUUGAUCAAAACUGACCUUGAUGACUCAGUUUGGCACUCAGGAAUAUUGUAACCAGAAUUUUCACCUCCAUGGCAUCAGAAAGCAGGGGGGAGAACAUCCACAAACUACAUUUUAAUAAGCUCUCCAUUUGGCAGAUUUGAUUAAAUAAAGCAAAUGUUUUCAGAGGAGUACUACCUGCCAACCAAAUGCUGGUAUGCUUUGAUAGUUUUUGAAUUCAUUGUAUUUCACAAGCAAAGCAUUGGAUAAUAUUCAUCAUGAGAGGAAACAGACAGAAAAUGAACUGAGGUUCCUACUGGAAAACAAAUGCACAUAAAUGAUGGGACACAACAUGAUUCUGUUACCAAUAGGAAGAUGAGCUGUGGAAAUUGCAUAAUUUUCUAAUUUCAAGUCUUCCUGAUACGUGACUGAAAAAAGUGCAACACACAGGGUUGCACUAACCUCUGCAUUUUGUAUAAUAUGUAAAAGAGUGAUCUUUUGUAGAGCUUACUUUUAUUAUUAAAUGUACCGAGGUAUUAUAUUUAAAGAAAAACACUUUCAGACUUCAUCUGCCACUGGUUAUUUUUUUUCCAAAGAGUAACUUACAAGUUUUCAGUACAAAUCUGUGCUACACUGGAUAAUACUUCUAGGUUUUUUCCUUCCUUUUUUGCACCUUAGAAUCUCAUGGUCAUAUUGAGCUGUAAAAGUCUAUUUUAUAUAUUAGUGAGUUCCAUGAAUAUCCUUUAUGUUACAUAAGACUCUUUCAGUAUGAUGACUUUUUUUUUUUGUUUGUUAUUCAUCACAAUUUUCCCAAACGUAUUAGAGGAACUUACGUUGUGCUUUUGCCCUCACAGUGGCCUGAUCCUGUCAAUUCUGUCUUACAACAAGAAUUGGUCCCAGUGAAACCAACUGGGACCACUAAGAUUAGGAUUUGCAGGACUAGAGCCCGUAAGAAAGGUGAUGAUUUGUCAUCUUAAUACAAAAGCAGCUCCUCUGCUAUACUAAUAAAAUUUGUCCCUCUGAAAUGUGGUUUCCAGACCAUUUUUGGCUGGGAGCUAUAGACUGCUAAAUCAGAACAGGCCAAUAUAAUGCAUGGACUAUUCGUUCUGGCAAAAAAAGCAUUACUGUACUAUUUCCGGUUUUUUAAUAACUUUUUAUCUGUGUCAGCUAUCUAGUUAAACAAUUUGCUAAUGUGAGACGUGUACAACAUAAAAAUAAUGAUUAGCAUUAUUUUUUCAUGUCUUUGUUGCAAGAAGAGCCAGGUCAGUCUUUAUGUUUUUAAGUAAAUGAGCAAUGCAUCAUGAGAGUUGUAGUUUACUUCAUGUUAUUUCAGUCUCAGAUCUUUUCAUCCAUUAUCCAGUUUGUGCUGAGGGGAUACUGCUUUUCAGUUUGAUUGGUACUGAAAACUGAAAGCUUCUGUAACUUGGAAAGUUAAAGGGAGGGAGGAGUUCAUAUUUGACAUUUUCUAGUCCUGUUGUUUGGUCACAUGAAAGAAGAAGGAAUUCUACUUCUUCCACUUUACUCUUUGUUAAAGCUGUAAUUUUGAGUGUAGAAGAGGGAAAAUAGUUGCCUAGGGAAGGUAGCAAACUCCCUCUGUGUAAAAUUCUGGUAAAAUGACAGUAACAAGAUGAUUCCUAACAAAAAACAGAGAACAGCUGUUAUUUGCCCUUUGGAUUCAUUUUGUAGUAAAUUUGCAGAUAUGAAUACAGGGAUUUUUAAGUGUCUGGUAUCUAGGAUAAAAACCUGUUGAAAAAUGAUUGACUAAUAAUUGAGCUUUUAAAUGCAUUUUGCGUUCUUCUAUAUCCAGGACAUAGCUUUGUCUACCUUUUAGCCCUCACAGGGCCUUAGCACGGAAGAUGUUGAAGGAGGAAAGAGAAUGAAGAGAACUCCUGGGGGUUUUUUCAGGUUUUGACUCUUUUUUUUGUUCUUCAUCGUUUCUCCUGAACCUGAUACAUCUAAAAAUCCUUUCAGUCCCCUAGAGUGCCUGGAACCUUAAUAACGGAAAAGCAAUAUAAAUUCCAAAAUAACCAAUAGGGACCUGAAAAGGUUUUGUAUCUGCACUAACUGAAAGUGAAUGAAGAGUAACACCACAUUGUGAUAUACACAUCCAUACAUGUGGACAAUCGAAUAAUAGAAAAUUGUAUCAUUUCUUACAGAUGGGGAUAUAAUGCACUGUACAAUCUUUUUUUUUCCUCUUUUGCCAAAGUGUGUUUUAGCAUUGCACACUGCUGUAAAACAAUACAAGUGGCUUUAUGUGUUAUGUAUAUUUUUGCCAUAAGAAGAUGCAGUGAGCAGGUGUGGAGUUGGGGAAAAAAUAAAAUUCACCUUGCUUAUAACAGUACACUUUAGCUUGCAGGUUACUGUGCUCAAUAAUGCUGUAUUUGAAUUAUUAAAUUGUUUUGUGUCGUUAUUAAAAUGAUAAUGAAAGAAUAUAGAUAGAACAAAUAGCAUUCAGAAGUUUAAAAAACUUGAAUGAAAUGGAUUUUACAGAAAGCUUUGACAGUUCUUUUCAAAUGCAUUAUUUAUUUGUGCCAUGCAUUUUUCUCACCAAAUGACCUUACCUGUAAUACAGUCUUGUUUGUCUCUGUUUACAACCAUGUAUUUAUUGUAAUGUACAUACUGUAAUGUUAAUUGUAAAUUAUCAGUUCUUAUUAUAACAUCAUCCUCGUCAGGGUGGUGUUGCUAUAUUUGGAAACUCUUGGUGAGAGAAUGAUUAUUGUGUAUACAUAUUCCUUGUACAUUUUUUUCUCCUGUAAUAUAUUCUAUGUCACCUUAGAGCUUGUUUAUGGAAGAUUCAAGAAGAGUAUAAAAUACAUAAAGAUAUAUCAAUAAAAAAAGCUGCAGGUCUUUGGUCCCAGGGCUGUGCCUUAACUUUAAACAAUAUUUUCUUCUGUUUUGCUGCAUUUGAAAGUAAGGUAGCAGUGGGGGCUAGGGCUGGGCAUUUCUACCAUAUUUUUAGUUGCUAACUGAUGGGGUUACUCGUACAAGUUAAUAUGCCUGAUACUACAAUGAGCUUUCAUUUAUGAGCCUACUGGAAUUUCAAGCUUUUCCAGACUUCUGGCAAUAUAAUGGCAUUGCCUCUCUGAUUAUCUUUUUACAGGCUAUCGUCAGGAAUUAUUGCAGCCAUUUUUUGCUCCUAAAAAAAAGAAAAAAAAAAUCGAUGCUGUGUUUCAGGACUGAAUUGCACCAAAACAGCUUUGGAAAGCACCUCUAAUAAGCAUUUGAUUUUAAUUCAUAUUGCGAAAUGGAAUAAUUGGAAUUAAAAGGGUGUAACUCAUACAUUUUUACAGUCAUCUGUAAUAUCCCUUCUUUAUUUAGUGGCACAAAUUAUCACUGUGUAAGCCAUGAAGUAGGACAUAAGACAACUUUAAUCUUGGAAAUGCUUUCCAACACCAAUAUUAGUGUUAUAAGUGGCCAAAGUUCUAUUUUAUAUGGAUGUAUCUAAGGCUUUGUACAGGUGUGUUCGUCAUAAUGUACUAGAUCUACAGGAGAAUGGUAAACCUUUAGAUCUUUUCAUUACACUAGUAUUAGGCUUGCACAUUGGACUGAGCUUCUCUUGCUGUUUGACUUGUCAUGUUGCUCCAGACUAGUUAGAGCUGUUAUCAGUGAAUUUGCCAGAGUGAGGUAAAUACCUUUCCUCCAUUCCAGCGAUGCCCAGCCCUUGUAGCAUGGGACUUCUUCAUGAAAGGAGAUUUUUUUUUUUUUUCAAGGAAAAACAGAGCCUCCUUUUUGACACAAACUGUAGAUUUUAGCAGCCCUGGCCCAAAGCAAAUAGAUUGCUUUUGUUUUAAACAGUAUAAAAGGGACACUAUAACAACA